AGCGCUCUCGCUUCCACAGUAUGGCCGGCGACAUUAGCUAGCGCUCGCUCUACUCUCUCUAACGGGGAAACAGCGGACUACAAGAGACUGAACUGUAUCUGCCUCUAUUUCCAACAGACUCACGUUCAACUUUCGCUCACAAAAAAAGCCGGGAAAAUUUUAUUAAUCCUUUUUUUUAAAAAAAGUUAAUAUAAAAUUAUAGCAAAAAAAAAAAAAAAAAAGGAACCUGAACUUUAGUAACACAGCUGGAACAAUCCGCAGCGGCGGCGGCAGCGGCGGGAGAAGAGAUUUAAUUUAGUUGAUUUUCUGUGGUUGUUGGUUGUUCGCUAGUCUCACGGUGAUGGAAGCUGCACAUUUUUUCGAAGGGACCGAGAAGCUUCUGGAGGUUUGGUUCUCCAGGCAGCAGCCCGACGCAAACCAAGGAUCUGGAGAUCUUCGCACCAUCCCCAGAUCUGAGUGGGACAUUCUUCUGAAGGAUGUGCAAUGUUCAAUCAUAAGUGUGACAAAAACUGACAAGCAGGAAGCUUAUGUACUCAGUGAGAGUAGCAUGUUUGUCUCCAAGAGACGUUUCAUUUUGAAGACAUGUGGUACCACCCUCUUGCUGAAAGCACUGGUUCCCCUGUUGAAACUUGCUAGGGAUUACAGUGGGUUCGAUUCAAUUCAAAGCUUCUUUUAUUCUCGUAAGAAUUUCAUGAAGCCGUCUCACCAAGGGUACCCACACCGGAAUUUCCAGGAAGAAAUAGAGUUUCUUAAUGCAAUUUUCCCAAAUGGAGCAGCAUAUUGUAUGGGACGUAUGAAUUCUGACUGUUGGUACUUGUAUACUUUGGAUUUCCCAGAGACUCGGGUAAUCAGUCAGCCAGAUCAGACCCUGGAAAUUCUGAUGAGUGAGCUUGACCCAGCAGUUAUGGACCAGUUCUACAUGAAAGAUGGUGUUACUGCAAAGGAUGUCACUCGUGAGAGUGGAAUUCGUGACCUGAUACCAGGUUCUGUCAUUGAUGCCACACUUUUCAAUCCUUGUGGGUAUUCGAUGAAUGGAAUGAAAUCGGAUGGAACUUAUUGGACUAUUCACAUCACUCCAGAACCAGAAUUUUCUUAUGUUAGCUUUGAAACAAACUUAAGUCAGACCUCCUAUGAUGACCUGAUCAGGAAAGUUGUGGAAGUCUUCAAGCCAGGAAAAUUUGUGACCACCCUGUUUGUAAAUCAGAGUUCUAAAUGUCGCACAGUGCUUUCUUCACCCCAGAAGAUUGACGGCUUUAAACGUCUUGAUUGCCAGAGCGCUAUGUUCAAUGAUUACAAUUUUGUUUUUACCAGUUUUGCUAAGAAGCAGCAACAACAGCAGAGUUGAUUAAUAAAAAUGAAGAAAAAACGCAAAAAGAGAACACACAUAGAAGGAGGUGGUGGCUGCUUUUUAGAUAUUGAUAUCGGGGGCCAUGCUUUCCAUAACCACCACCUUGUAGCUGCAGAAAGCCCUAGAUGUAAUGAUAGUGUAAUCAUUUUGAAUUGUAUGCAUUAUUAUAUCAAGGAGUUAGAUAUCUUGCAUGAAUGCUCUCUUCUGUGUUUAGGUAUCCUAUGCCACUCUUGCUGUGAAAUUGAAGUGCAUGUAGAAAAAAACUUUUACUAUAUGAAACUUUACAACAUUUGUGAGAACAAUUCAAUUUGGUUUACGCACAGUGUAAUAUUUCUCCAGGUCUCAUCCAAAAUUCCCCACAGACAAGGCUUUCGUCCUCAUUAGGUGUUGGCCUCAGCCUAAUCAUCUGGGACUGUUCUAUUAAAUUGCUGCCAGGAUUUUACAUCCAGUUACCUCCACUUUCUAGAACAUAUUCUCUACUAAUAUUACUGAAACCAGUUUCUAUUUCAUACAGAUGUUUUUUGCAACAGCGAUUAAAGUUUAUCUUCCACGAGUCAAGUCCUCUUAAGAAAAUGAUUGCAGUUUUCCAUUUUGUGUCUUAAUAUUUUAACAUUAUUGCUUCCUGUACCUGUACUUCCUUUAAUUGAUUUUGUUCUCAUCAUGGUGUCUUGCCUCCCAAACACCCCCCCCCCAAUAAAGCAAUACACUGUUACACUGUGGGUUUAUACUAAUCUUAUACCCGGGAGGGGGAAGGGAGAGUGGACCCUGGGCUUAAUUUUCUUUUUAAAGUCAAGAGAGUUUAGCUUCCUUUUAUAUUGACAUGGGCUCUUCUGGGAGAUAGUGACAGAAAUAAACCUAUUGAUGAGCAAGGACGACACAUCCAUUUAUAUUAGGGUAUACUGGCAGAACUGUUGCAGAAACUAUGCCAUUCUGUGUUCCCAUUAAAUGAGAUUAGCUUCUCAUGAGUACCAUGCGUUCAGUAACUUGCUAGUAAGUACGUGUAUAAUUGUACCACUUAAGUUUAUUAGCAAAGAAAUUAAGAAUAAAGGUUGUAAGUCGGCUCAGAUCAUUCACCUUAACUUUUACUUUAGUGGCUAUCUCCAGUCCUCUUCAUUCAUAAUAUACCAUAACCUUUGGUUGAAAAUGGAGUCUCUCCUUGUCCUCUUGUGACUUAAAUUCUUGGACUUUGUCAUGCAUUAUGAUAGUGUUCUGACUUGAACUGUUUCUCUUCCUGGUGUUGCUUUCACGAUGAUUUCAUAGCAUCAGAUGAAACUUCCCAGAAUGAGAACCGUUCAGGUUAUUCAGAUAUACACAAUGAAGCAGAAUGCUAUCCAUAAGACAAAAUUCCAAACUGGUCAAUGGGAAUACAGGCUUUGAGGAGUUGGCAUCUUUUAGCUAUAUUUGCAAAUACGAGAUUUAAGCAGCUGAGAAAACACCGAAGUUGACUAAAUUUUUUAUAUUCUUGUCCUCACAAAAUUUUUUUGAUUCUUUCUGGAUUGAUGCAGUGAUGUUUUUGUUCCUUCUGUAUUUAUAAAUGAAACACUUUUUUUAGUGUUUCUAAACAUAAAAUCUACUUGGUUUGAAAUCAAGUGGUUGGAACAUAAAUUUUGACUUUUAUUUUAAGCAUGUUAAUUCGAAGUUUCAUUGAAGAAACUUUCAGUCAGUGGAUCAGUUUGAUUCUGUAAUUAGCACACGGUACCUGAUGUUUUGGUACUGUUUCGAGGACCAGUGCUCAAAGUGGAUUUUGUUCUUGAACAGUGUCCCAGUAGAUUUGAUGACAUUGUUGGCUUGAGGUCUGAUUUUUUUUUUCCUCCUAAUAGAUUUCUAUCUAAUGUUGAAAAACUGCACAAAUUUGUAUGGAAUAAAGCCUAGAAAAAUUAAAACUAUAGAUUAAAUAGUAAUUGAAAUUAAUCCUAGUGUGUAUGAUAGAAGAGGGAAAAUUUUGGUGCCAUUAUUUCUCUCUUCAUGGUGUUGGACUUACUAAAUCAGUUGAAAUGUAUUUCUGUACCACAAUUUAAGCUUCAAUAAAAGUUUGCUUAAUUCAUUGUCCAGUGACAUUCAGAAAGUUUUUCUGUUGAUGUCUAGUCAUAUAUACUAUUUUAAAAAUACAUCUAGUUUUUGCGAUUUGAGGAAAUUUAUAUUUGAUGGUUAUUUUCUAACAUUUGGGAGAGUAAUCAUGAAGACAUAAGAUCUUUAAGCUCCUGGGAAAAUAAUUUCUACUCAGAUUUAAGCAUUUUUGUUAGGGGUUUCAUAACUGAAGCUUCAAAGAAAUAGCUGGGUUCUAUAUGUAUACUGGAUAUCAAAGAGUAGGAAGGGUAAGUAGUAAGACUAAGAAAGUGUGUUUGUGAGUUGGGAGUUAAACCAAAAGUUUGGAGGUAAAGUGUUUCAGCCUUUAUUGUGGAAUAGACGCGUACUGGUGGCAGUGGGAAGGAACAAGUUGUAAACACACUUUAUUUCAUUCACUGGUAUUUCUGUUAACUAGAACAGAGUUAAAACCUUGAUCAUUUUUUGCCAUGUUAAGUACAUAUCUCAUUUAUUUGGCAAAAUUUUGGUUAAGUUUCAUGGUCUACAAUAAUCUGAAAGUCGGAAUCUUACAAAAAUGUAUACUCCGAUCUUUUCCAGAAAAAGCAGAUAAGAGAAUAUUUUCUGUGAUGUGAGUGAAAAAGGAUGGGUCCUAGAAAAGUAAAAAUGUUGUCACAUAACAAUACUGUCAACACCAGGUUCUUUUACAGGAACAGUUAAGUGACGAAAUUCAGAAUCUGAGUCGCAGAUGUGGUAUUAGACUAUGAAAGGUAAAGAACCGUACUUUCAUUGUUCUGGCCAAAUAACUCCAAUUCCUGACUCCUCACCUUCAGACUAGAGGCUUUCUCUACCCCCCCCC